AUGCUGUUUGUAAGCGGGCUCACGCUCUUCUUCGACCGCAGCGGCGAGCGGAGGCCGCCCAGCAGGACAAGACGCCUGGCAACUGGGAUAUGGAAUCGUUUCACCAUUCCCUCGUUUUUCGGGCGCAAGGCAUCCUGCUGCGGUGUUGUCGCCUACGUGGGCUCUGAAGACUGCCGCGACGUCCUCCUGGAUGACAUCCAGUCCAUCAAGCACCGCGGAUACGACUCCUGCGGCAUUGGCACUUUGAACUUGGACGGCUCUAUUGAGGUAACGAGAUGCAGCAGCUACAAGGCGCCUGCGAACUGCUUCGAGCGCCUCCGAGACCGCAUCGGCGACCGCCACCUCGGCAGCAAGAUCGGCAUCGCGCACACGCGGUGGGCCACCAUGGGACCGCCCACCGACGAAAACGCCCACCCGCACUGUGACGCCAUGCGUCGGGUGGCGCUGGUACACAACGGCACCGUUACCAACACGGUCGACUUGUUCAACGAGACCUGUGCGAUGCUACGCGAGCGCGGGCUGCUUUUGGAGCGCCUUUACGGCAGCGAGCCCAGGUGCUCCGAUUCCGACAGCGCGGCGAUCGCCAACAUCAUUGGCCUCCACCUGGACCUCGGCUACGACGCCUUCUCGGCGAUGAAAACCGUGGUCUCACGCCUGGAGGGCUCCUGGGCCAUAUGCCUCAUAAGCGCCAACAACCCGCACGCGCUGUACGUCGCUCGCUCGGGGUGCCCGCUGCUAGUCACGAAGAACGACAACACGAAGUCGGUGCAUGUAGCGAGCGAGACGGUGGCGUUCAUGAACCAUGCCGACCAGUUUGUCGUGCUCGAAGACGGCGACAUCAUGGAGCUGAACUACAACACCGUCGUUGAGUUGUUCCGCACGCGAAAAGUGUGCAACAUAACGAGGCUGCAGGUGCGCAGCACGCCGGAGCCCCAUGAGUUCUGGAUCCAGAAAGAGGUCGCCGAGCAGCCGCUCGUGGCGCGCGUGGCUCUGCAGCACUUCAAGCUGGUGCGCGCCUCCCGCGAGCUGCGGGCGAUUAAGCAGGCCCUCGAGGGCGUGGUCGAUGUCACCUUCGACAGCGAUGACCACCUGGUCGACCGCGACCUGGAGCUCGUGUCGGCCCUGGACCCGCGCAACGUGCGCUUCGAGAUCCCGGUCCACGGCGACGCCUCGCUGCUCAAGAAGAUAGAGGCGCGACGCAAGAUCAACAUCGUCGCAGCCGGCAGUUCUCUUCAUGCGGCGCGUUACGUGGCGACGAUCUUCCAGGCCCGCAGGAUAUUCGCUCUCAUCGAGACCGAUGACCCCACGGAGAUGACGCCGUACCGCUACACCCACCCCGACUCGACCGUCAUCUUCGUCUCGCAGAGUGGCGAGACGUUGGACACCGUGAAGGCGUGCGACAUGCUGGCUGCGAGCAACCCCAGCGCUGUGAAGAUCGCCCUGCUGAACAACCUGAACACGCUGCUCGACCGCUCGUGCGAGCUGACGAUGAUGAUCAACAUCGGGCGCGAGGUGUCGCUCGCGUCGACCAAGACCUUCAGCGUCCAGAUAAUGCUGCUCAUGGUGCUGCUGGGCUACAUUCUGCAGGCGCAGGACACCGAAGGCCGCCAAGCGGAUUUCCUCGCGCAGCUCAAGGCGUCGAUCAUAGGCUUCGGCCCGGGCCUGAAAAAGAUGCUCGCCACCGCGCCGCAGUGCGAGCGCAUCGCUCGCAGGCUGGUCGACGUGGGGUCGCUCUACGUGACCGGCAACGCGGAGGCCUACGCCAUUGCCAGCGAAGCCGCGCUAAAGUUCAAGGAGGUGACCUACAUUCACGCUGAAGGGAUACCCUCGGGGGCGAUGAAGCACGGCACCUUGGCGUCGAUUGACUCCAAAACGCGCACCCCGGUCGUUUGCAUCAUCACGCCCGACGAGCCCGAGGCGGCGGUGAACGCUGCCAAGCAGCUGAAGGCCCGGAACGCGUACAUCAUCCUGUUGGCAGCGAACCCCGCUCUGGCCGACAUUGCGGACGAGUUCAUCCAGCUGCCUGACUGCGGCAUGCUAACUGCCGCCUGUGCGAUUGUGCCAGUCCAGAUGAUCGCUUACAACAUCACCAUCAUGAAAAAGCGGAAUCCCGACACCCCACGCGGACUGGCUAAGACUGUUACCGUGAGCUGA